CCAGACAAGGGUGCAGGAAUUGUUCUUAUGGAUCGUAUUGACUAUGUUACAAAAAUAUCUUCAAUAUUAUCUGAUCCUGUCAAAUUCUCUAUUGAGAACGUUCAAAAAGACACUACUGAAAAAACUGAACAAAUGCUAAUUAAAAUUUUGAAGAAAAUGAAAGAUGAGGAUAUUAUCAAUCAUGACCUCUAUGAACACCUCAAACCAUCUGGUUCUGUUGUACCAAGACUAUAUGGACUACCAAAAGUUCAUAAGAAUAAUAACCCACUACGUCCUAUACUGGAUAUGAACAAUUCUCCCUAUCACUUAAUCGCUAAAUGGUUAGUUAACAUUCUACAACCUGUCAAAAAUCAUAUCAAUAAACACAAUUCUCUUGAUUCCUUUGACUUUGUUGACUCCAUUAGAAAUAUCAAUGUAUCCGGUAAAAAAAUGCUACUGGUUUGAAAAACUUGAAGAAAAAGCUAUCGUUAACUUGGAAGUGUAAUUAUUCAAUUUAAACUUAAAUGAUAUCCAAAUUAACAACCAUUUUCGUGGUAGUAAUUGUUCCAUCUCAGUAUGUGAAAGUUCAAUUCUCAAUUAUAGGCAACGGGUCUUCAUAUCCUUUCAACAAGAACUUUUAAACUAACUUAUUCUAGAUAGAUAAGUGAAUCUAUUUACCUCCAGAUGAUCUGUACUAUGUUUAGUGAAAUUCGUAUAUACUCUAGAUAAAACGUUGAACCUCAUGUCUCACAAUGAGUUAAACUAAAAACAAAUGGAUAUAGGACUGUCAAUGAAAUUCUA